GACCUUCAGCACUAUGAAGUCUCUCAUCCUCCUGUGUGUAUUUGUUAUCCUGCCGGAUAGAACAACGACGGACAAGACCCAUCCGAUAAUUCAGAAAAAGCUGAAACAGCAGCUGGAAAACACACCCUGGACAUGGAAACUAGCGGAAUCCCGCAUUCAGAAAGAUAACCCUGUUUCCUUCAAUGUAAAUCUUCUUUCCACCUACAAAGUGACUGGAAUCAUUAAGGACAAAUACCCAAUGAUGAGAGACUGUGCAACUAUAUUGAAGAAUAAUCCAAACAAAAAGCAUCUGGACGGAGUGUAUGUCAUUUAUCCGGAUCUUAAAAUAAAGAAGCACGUGUACUGUGACAUGACAACAGAAGGAGGCGGCUGGACGGUUAUUCACAAACGAAUAGAUGGAUCUACCGAUUUUUACAGAGACUGGAAAGCCUACAAAACUGGAUUUGGUAACGCCAAUCACAAUUAUUGGAUAGGAAAUGAUGUUCUACAUUUGCUGACCAAAUCAGGCAACCACGUUCUUCGUGUGGACCUACAGAGAUAUAACGGUCAGAAGGCGUAUGCUAAAUACUCCAAGUUUUCUGUUGGUGACGAACACAGCAAAUACAGAUUGACUGUGUCUGGAUACAGAGGCACUGCAGGAGACGGUUUAAGUUACCACAAUGGGAUGAAGUAUACCACAAAAGAUCAAGAUAAUGACAAAUAUAACGGAAACUGUGCUACGUUUUAUAAAGGAGCGUUCUGGUUUAACAGUUGUUAUCGUACCAACCUCAAUGGACAGUAUGCCAACACCGCCGUGGUUAGUAAUAACCACAUGAACUGGUCUUACUGGACGAAAACAAACGAAGCAUUGAGAAGAACAUCCAUGAUGAUCCGACCAUAGCAAGAUAUGCAGUCUGUCAACACGAUUAAUAAACUUUGUAAACGAA